AUGUCCUGGAAUUGCCAGGGAGCUGCGUCCACUGGCUUUAGACGCGCUCUCUCCUCUUUUGUCAAUAAAUUCAAAGUUGAUAUGGUGGGCUUACUGGAGCCGAGGAUCUCAGGUAACGCUGCUGACAAGGCUUGCAAAAGCUUUGGCUUUGUAAACUGGCUCAGAGUCGAAGCAGUUGGGUUCAGUGGCGGAAUUUGGCUUUUGUGGAACAACAAUCUGAAGGUGGAGAUUAUUGUAACUAACCCCCAGUUCAUCCUUACCAGAAUUGGUGAGGAGAACAGAAAUAUAGGGCUGGUGUCUUUCGUCUAUGGUAGUCCGUCUCAAAGUUACAGGAACAAACUUUGGGAAGGGCUCUCCAACGACAGGUUCAGCAUGAGGGAAAGCUGGCUCUCGGUGGGAGACUACAAUGCUGUUACUUGCAUGGAGGAUGUGAGCAACACGGAGAAUUUUGGCAACAACAGAUGUGCAGGUAUGCGUCAAUGGAUAUUCAAAGAAGGAUUAAUUGACUUGGGUUUUUUUGGUGCUAGGUACACUUGGACGAGAGGAAAGGAGAAAGCCACUUUUACUGGAGCUCGCCUUGAUCGAGCUUUGUGCAACCUGGAGUGGACUACGAAUCAUCCGGAGACCAAGGUGACUCACUUAACUCGGGUUUGUUCAGACCAUUCUCCUCUUCUUAUCGAGCUUGGAUCAACCACAAGAACUAGCGGGAACCUGGCCUUUCAAUUCCAAGCUGCUUGGAUAAGGCAUCCUAUGUUUUUAAAAAUGAUAGAAGGCCACUGGAAGAGCAACAUGAGUAUUAUUGAAAAUAUAACAGCCACUCAAAAUAAUUGUAAGGAGUGGAAUAAAUCAGUGUUUGGCAACAUCGAAAAUAGGAAAAGAAAGCUCAUGGCACGAAUUGAUGGUAUUCAACGGUGCAUGGGAAGUCAAUCAAGUAAUGGGCUCAUUAAACUUGAAAGAAAGCUUAGGAAAGAAUUAGAGGAGGUCCUACAUCAAGAAGAGUUGAAAUGGUUUCAGAAAUCUAAAGAAGACUGGAUCCUUUCUGGCGAUUUAAAUACGAAAUACUACCAUGCUGCAACCAUGGUCCGUCGGACCAGGAAUAAAGUUUAUGGUCUCAAGGAUGAUAACGACAAUUGGGUAAGCGAAAAGGCUAAGUUAGAAGCCAUGGUUCAAAAUUAUUUUAAAGGUCUGUACAGGAAAGAAAAUGAGGAGUCCAACCAUGAUGAUUUUACGGGUAUGUUCCCACCUAUUCAAGAGGAACAAUGGCUACACAUGAACAGACAGGUUACCAAAGAUGAAGUGCGAGAUGCCUUAAUGGAGAUGGCCUCGCUCAAGGCCCCGGGUCCAGAUGGACUCCAUGCAAUGUUCUACCAAAAAUCAUGGAGCAUUGUAGGGGAUAGUUUAUAUCAACUAGUGAAUGAUUUUUUCAAUAUUGGCAGCCUCCCAAAUGGUCUCAAUGAGACCAAUAUCGUUCUUAUCCCAAAAGUUCAAAGGCCGGAGAAGGUGAAUCAAUUAAGGCCCAUAAGUCUCUGCAAUGUGGCAUAUAAAUUGGUCACAAAAAUCAUGGCGCAAAGACUUAAAUUAAUUAUGCCAGAGGUGGUUAGCCCCAAUCAAGGAAGUUUUGUAUCCGAGAGACAGAUAACGGAUAAUAUUAUUACCUAUCAAGAGAUCCUUCAUACAAUUCGUACCGAGAAGAACCAGCCAGGCUAUAUGGUUUUGAAGAUUGAUCUCGAAAAAGCUUACGACAGACUGGACUGGAGCUUUAUUCGAAACACUCUUCAAGAAGUUGGCCUCAAUGACGUUUGGGUUAGAAACAUCAUGCAUUGUGUGGAAUCCGCAGAGAUGUCCAUUCUAUGGGAGGGGAACAAACUUGAACGUUUCAAACCGGAAAGAGGAGUCAGGCAAGGAGACUCCAUUUCUCCUUACCUUUUCGUUCUUUGCAUUGAGCGUUUAGGUCAUAUUAUAACCGAGGCAGUCACUCAAGGUAGUUGGAAAGGAAUCAAAGUGUCGAGGAAUGGGCCGAGCAUAUCUCACCUCUUCUUCGCAGACGACAUGGUUUUGUUUGCGGAAGCAAAUGAGAGCCAAAUUUGUACGAUCAUGAAUUGCCUCGACAGAUUCUGUAAGUCUUCUGGGCAAAAAGUUAAUAAAAUUAAAUCAAACAUUUUCUUUUCUAAAAAUGUUUGCAGGGAAGAUGUGCACAAAAUAGCCACAAUUGCGGGCAUUCCGGCAACUGAUGACUUAGGCAGAUAUCUAGGGGUCCCCUCCCUCCAUGGGAGGAUCACAAAAGAACACUGCAGAAGUAUCUUGGAUCGAGUUCAGAGUAAGUUAGAAGGGUGGAAGACCCGUUUCUUAAGCCUUGCAGGAAGACACGUUUUGACCCAAUCGGUCCUUAAUGCCAUUCCCUCGUAUGCAAUGCAAACUAUGUUUCUGCCGAAGGGGGUGUGUGAUGCAAUCGACAAGACCACGAGAAACUUCUUAUGGGGAGGAGAUGGCACCAAGAGAAAAACGAGCCUUGUGAACUGGGAUACGGUUACUUUGCCAAAAGAAGAAGGCGGUCUUGGAAUCAAAUCAAUGAGGAACAUGAACCUUGCCUUACUCGCUAAGCUUGGAUGGCGAAUUCUCAAAGAUGGAACUAGUACUUGGUCCCAGAUCCUUUCAUGCAAAUACAUGAAAGCAGAAAGGAGCAUGGAUAGAAUGAAAAGGAAAAGGAAUGACUCCAAUAUCUGGAAGGGCAUUUGUGCAGCUGUGCCUAUUCUUGAGAGAGGUAUGAUGAAAGUGGUAAUGAACGGUAAAAAUACUAGUUUCUGGGAGGAUCGCUGGAUCGGUGACGAAUCUCUCCGGAGUUUUUUGAUCGGUCCAAUGCAAAGGGAUGCUGGCAAUAUUAAGGUGGCGGAAAUAUGGGAUGGAAGAGGUCGUUGGGACUGGGACGCUAUCGACAUAGGUCUCCACCCCGACAAAAGAGCCGAACUAGCUGCGAGAGUUAUUAUUAAUGAUGAGCAAAGAGUUGAUAGUAUGGGAUGGAGCCCUAAUGAGGAUAAAUCUUUCUCGACUAGAUCAGCUUACAAACUAACUCGCCAAACUACAGGAAACCAAGAGAAUGGAGAGUGGGAGGCAACCUGGAAGCUCCGAGUUCCUAAUCGAAUUCGUACCUUCAUCUGGCUAGUCCAACAUGGACGAAUUAUGUGUAACUCUGAGAGAAGAAAGAGGGGCUUCACAGCAGAUGAACGUUGUGCCAUUUGUGGUGCAGAAAAGGAGGAUGUGGAACAUACCAUGAGAAGUUGCCCAGCAGCAGAGGAAGUGUGGAAGCUAAUCAACAAUGGAGAUAAUCAAGGUAUGUCUCUAAACUCAGAUUUUAACACCUGGCUUAAAACCAAUGUGACAGGGAACCAGGGAGGACAACGAAGAAGGCAAAGAUGUGCCAGAUUUGCCAUAACGGCAUGGUGGAUUUGGAAGUGGAGAAACGAUAGAGUUUUUAAUGGAGUGGAGAAGGACAUCAAUGAAAAGAUUGCCUGGCUACACCGACAGUUCAAGGAAGUCGAGGAUGUGUUAAGCAGGAACGCGGAGCAAGGAGGAAGACAAAGAGAAGACACCAGACGCAAACAACCUUGGAGACCCCCAAAUGAAGGAUGGAUCAAAGUUAAUACAGAUGGAUGUGCUCGAACGAAAGGACAUUCAGCUUGCGGUGGAGUUCUAAGGAACAACGAAGGACAGUAUAUAGGAGGUUUUUCAAAGAAGAUUGGUACCUGCAGUGCUUUGGAAGCAGAAGUUUGGGGAAUUUAUGUUGGAAUACAAAAGGCAUGGGAGUUGGGUUAUAGGAAAGUGAUGUUUGAGACAGAUUGCUCCAAAGCUAUAAAUUUGAUUAAUGGAGCAGAGGACUACGAUGGAACGGCAAAGAACCUGGUUCAGCUUUGUCGAGAUGCCAAAACACGCAAUUGGGAGAUUUCUUUCACUUAUGCUCCUAGGGAACAAAAUAAAGUGGCGGACAUGUUGGCCAACCAGGCUUACACACAAGGGGAUGUUUUCAAUUGGUUUGUUAGCCCACCAAGAGACAUCCAAAGAUUUCUACGUGAAGAUGAGCUUGGCCUCUUUGGCGAGACUUUUAUUGUGAGGGUUGCAUAA